AUGGAUCCCUACACGCAACUCACCAGUACACACGGCCUCAGAGUCUUCCAACUCUCAGAGCUCGAGAAGGCCACCAAGAAUUUCAGCUCGUCUCGCUACGUUGGAGGGGGAGAUUUUGGAGCUGAGAUCUUUAAGGGAGUGAUCAAGAAUGCCAACAAAACAAAACUUCAUGUACUGGUCUAUAGGAUCACCCGAGGACCUACUCUUGAGGCAAAAAGCGACGAAGAGUGGGCGGGGGAGCUCACAAAACAAGUAUCAGCUAUUGACGAUCAUCCAAACUUCGUUAAAGUGGUGGGAUAUUGUGCCACUCGAUACAAGAAGAAGAAGGGACAUGUAGAGCCUGUACGAUUUAUAGUGGAAGAAGAUGCAUGCAAUGGAAAUUUACAUGACUAUCUACAUGAGGGGCGGCAUCAACCUCUUUCAUGGGCAAAGAGGCUCAACAUACUCCGAGAUGUUGCUCGUGGUUUGGCUUAUUUUCAUGAUUCAUUAGAUAACAAGAUACUGUCUUUUAAGUCCUCUAACAUACUCUUGGAUGAGAACGUAAAUGCCAAAUUGUCAGAGUACGCGACAGCAACACUAGGUCCUUUCGAUGAAAACUUGAUGGACGUUACAUGUGUUUCUGUGAGUUAUGAAGCUCCUGAACUCCUUCUAAGAGGCGACUUGACGUCCAAGAGCAACGUGUGGAGCUAUGGCGUCUUUAUCUUGGAGGUCAUAACUGGUAACCAGCCAUCUGAUGGAAACCUGACGAAAAAGUUGAAGAAAUUAUGGAGCUCCGACAGAAACAAGUUGGAGAAGAUGAUAGACCCCAAGCUUAAAGGAAGGUAUUCUGCAGAAUCGGCAAUGGCACUAGCAGCACUUGCAGCUGAUCAUUGCUUGCAGGAAGAGCCAAACAAGCGACCAAAAAUGAGUGAGGUCCUUGCAAUGGUGUCUACAAUGGCAGAGACAGCAGAAAUUUGA